CCAUAUAACACAAGAUAUAUUUAUACAUUUGGGCGAUCGGAAAAAUAUCUAAAAUUUUUUUUUUUUUUUAUUGAAAUAAUAGAGAUGUCUAGUCGUCGAUGGUAUCAUGAACUCACCGCGUUUUUGAUCUGUUCCUUUGUAAUCGGUGUUUAUAACGACACCUAUGAGGCAUGCGAAAAUAAACCAAAUUACGCAUUUAUAACCAGCAAUACGUCUUGUAGACAUUACAUAUACUGUGCUGGUGACGAAUCCUAUGAGGGCGAAUGCGCAGAUGGCGAUUAUUUUAAUGAACUAUUGCAAACAUGUGAUCCCGAGCAACUUGUUACCUGCCAGCUUUACAACACAAGCAGCCCCAACCCCAGCUCCAUGCAAACGGCACCAACCCAAGCUGCAAUGAACACAACAGCCAGUUCAACAUUUUCUUCUACAGUAAUAGCAUCCAGCACGUCAGCACCAAUACAGAUUACGACCAGCCAGACGAACUCUGAUAACACGAGUACCACAAGUGCGUUGAGUGAAUCUAUUGCAACUUCAGUGGCUCCGCCCGUAACGGAGGGCGCUAUAGCCAUUAUAAUAUCAACCGAAUGUCCGUUAACGGAUAAUCCAAAUCAAAUGAUUUUCGUGCCACAUCCGAAAACUUGCUCAGAUUAUUUUAUUUGUUUUCGCGGCCAACAAAUGGCAAUGCACUGUUCUUCUAUGCUCCAUUUUAAUUCCAAUACCGGCAAAUGUGAUUAUGCGGAGAACGUUCGGUGUCAGACUGUUUUCAGCAAUCCAAGAGAGCAAUGCCAGCUACAUACGACCGAUUUAUAUCCUCAUGAAACGAAUUGUAACUACUUCUAUUCCUGUCGCAAUGGAUAUCUUUUGCUGCAGCAAUGCCCCUUUAAAUAUGGCUGGGACUUUGAACGACGAGCAUGUACGGCGCUUCAGCAAGCAAGUUGUUACAACAGAAGAAUAAUGCAAUGA